AUGAUGGACGCAGAGAGGUGUGGGGCCAGGGGCAGAGGGGUGAAGAGGAGCCUGGAGCCGGUGUGGGCAAGCCAGCAGCGAGACCUCUGUGGUGAGGGCAAUGCCCCCGGGCGCAGGGGGAUUGCUGAGCGGGCGGGCAGCUCCUCUCUGCAGCUGGCCGGGAGGACAGGCGACAGUCACAUACAGAGCCAGGGACGGCGAGGUGCCUGCGAGGCUCCACGUCGAAGUCAGGCUCUGGGAGUGGAAAACAGAAUGCAAGAGAUGAUCUAA